UCUGGUGGCUCACACGUAGCUCUAUUGGCGCUGCCUUUCCGGCCUCCACGUGGGUUUGUUUGCGAUGGCGGCCCAGGAGCAGCCGGCGCGGAGCGAGGUCCCGGCUGCGGCGCCAGGCCGAGGACCCCAGCGCCGACGGGUGGCUAUGCAGAUCCCCGAGGCAAUUCUCACCAAUAAGGAGCUGCAGGAGGCAGUUGGAGCCCUCCCCAGCAACUAUAACUUUGAGAUCUACAAGACAGUGUGGAGAAUUCAGCAGGCCGAGGCAAAGAGAGUGGCUCUGCAGAUGCCCGAAGGCCUCCUCAUGUUUGCGUGCACCAUCGCUGACAUCAUUGAAAGGUUCACCGGUGCCGAGGUGGUGGUGAUGGGAGACGUGACGUACGGUGCGUGCUGUGUGGAUGACUUCACGGCCAGGGCCCUCGGGGCGGACUUCAUGGUACACUACGGACACAGCUGCCUGGUUCCCAUCGACGCCACGCAGGGUGUGAAGAUGCUCUAUGUGUUUGUGGAUAUCAAGAUCGAUACGUCCCACUUUGUGGAAACUGUCCACUUCAACUUCCCCAAGGGCGCCUGCCUGGCUCUUGUCAGCACCAUCCAGUUCGUCUCCGCUUUGCAGGCGGCCUCCCAGGUGCUGCGCUCUGAGUACAAGGUCAGCAUCCCACAGUGCAAGCCGCUCUCCCCAGGUGAGAUCCUGGGCUGCACCUCUCCCCGCCUGGGGCCGGACACAGACGCCGUUGUGUACCUGGGGGAUGGGCGCUUCCACCUGGAAUCUGUCAUGAUUGCCAACCCCGGAGUUCCCGCCUACAGGUACGACCCCUACAGCAAAAUCUUCUCCAGGGAGCACUACGCCCACGAGCGCAUGCAGCAUGCCCGGCAGGAGGCCAUCCGCACCGCCGCCCGCGCCCGGAGCUGGGGACUCAUUCUCGGGACCCUGGGGCGCCAGGGCUCCACCUCCAUCUUGCAGCACCUGGAGGGGCGGCUCCAAGCCCUCGGCCUCCCAUUCGUCAGGGUGCUGCUCUCGGAGAUCUUCCCCAGCAAGCUGCAGCUGUUCCCCGACGUGGACGCGUGGGUGCAGGUGGCUUGUCCCCGGCUCUCCAUUGACUGGGGAGGAGCCUUCAGCAAGCCGCUGCUCACACCCUACGAGGCUGCUGUGGCCCUGAAGGAAAUUGAGUGGCAGCAGACUUACCCCAUGGAUUUCUACGCCGGCCAGUCCCUGGGGCCCUGGACAGUCAACCAUGCCAGCCACCAGCCCCAGAGGGGCACCAGCCGGCCAACGCAGAGGAAGCUGCCUGAACCUGUGGUACCAGUGGAUGCUGGUGUGGGGAAGAAAUGCACCGACUGCAGCUGUCAAGACAAGGCCCCAUUGCAGCCAGAGCACCCCUGAACCCCCAAACAAUGGGGAUAUUGGCAGGUACAGCCCUGCAGUUACUGGCCUGGAAACAAGCGCUCCCAGCUUUGCUCUCAGGAAGGGCUGUCUCUGACUUCAGAGCUGGUGAAAUGGGCCAGAUCAACAGCACUAUAGACUGACUGACUGGCACCCAGAGCAGGUACAGAGUAGGCAGUGGCAGGGCCACUCUCUCACUGCCCUGGAGAACCAUCUCUGUGUCUCGCCCAUUCAGCCUGAAGUGUUUCCACGGAGGCUGCCUGAAAGAACCAGCUGUAGCAGUGGUUUCUGUGAUAGGGACCAUUCCCUGGCCACUGGACUGAGAUCCCCCAUUAAGGAACAGCUGUGCCGAAACCAUGAUUAAUUUGCAUUGAAAUGUCCCGUGUGUACUACAGAGAGGUGGAAAUGGCCACGCAAAGGCCCUUCAACUGUGCUGGGUGUGGGACAUAGUCUCACUAACGGGAUGUUGAGAAGCACAAAGUUGGGAGCAGUGCCAAGGUUCUGGUUGUGUUCUGCGUGGGGAAGAUGGAUUUUAGGCCAACACACUGCUCUGUUCCCCUCAGUGCCUCAGCCCCAGUGUGUAGACAUCAAGGCUCAGCCUGGGGGCAGCAGUGAACCCUAACUUACACACUGUAGUUACCUUGAUACAUUUGCCAGUUGCAGUGGAGGGACAGAUUCUUUGUCUCUGUGUGUUUCACCAUCCAUGGUUUGCAAAAUCCUCUUUCAAAGUUGGAAAUAGUGUCCUCCAGCCCCAGAGUCCUGUCACAGGUGGGCAGAUGUGGACUCUCCUCCCCGGGGCCUUGGUUCUACUCACAGAGCAGCCUUCACCUGCUAUCACUAGCUCCUGAUUACAUUGAUCUAAAGGAGAAGAGAAACACGCCCCGUAGCUCUGUCAGAGCCUAUGUUAACUUGCCUCUUCGGGGGGUGUCUUUGCUCUGUCACCAGUGGUGGUGCUGGGGCAGGGAGAUAAAUGGUGCAGGGGCAAGGGAGAGAGAGGGGCUCCCAGCAGAGAGGGACAGGGCAGGCCCUGUAAAACUAUCCCAGCCUUGGGCUCCUGCUGGUGCCCCUCACUCCUGACCCACAGCCCCCUGCUAUCCCAGCCUUGCCCCCCCCCCCCCCGCCCUCUGAGCUAGGCCCGGCCCCAGGGGGCUGCUGGCUGCCUAGAGACUGACCGGCCGGGGGAGGUCAUGGCUUGUAUUGGACCGGCUGGGGGGAGCUCAGGCUGGCCAAGGAACGGGGCGUCCCAGGGCCCAUCGCCCCACCAAGGGGUGCAGCGGGGG